GCAGUUAUGUCAAACGAUUCAAAUAUUCCAGUUGUUCGCGAUUUUUCGAGUAAUUAACGUGACUUCUAGCGAAAUGAUAUAAGGGGUGAAAUGAGCUUAUUUAAUGAUUAUUUUUAUGCUUAUCUAAAUUCGUUGAGUCGCCCUAUAUUUUGCGCUUAUUUUUUGUUUCGUUACAAGCAGUAUGCUUUUUGCAAUUUUUAUUAAUUAAUUUUGGUACGAAUUUAGUCCUUAUGUUGAAGAUACCUGUGAGACUAAAACAACGCGAUUUUGGUGUUUCCUUCGCUUUGGAUUAUUGUGAAUGCAUUGUAAAUAUGGGAACAAGAGCUGCAGCAUUUACAGUCAAAAUUCGGAGUCUUUACGAUUACCAUUUAAGGCUUAUGCAUGGUGUAAUGCCACCACCUUCAGGAGUCGAUAUAGCUAACACCAUAAAAUAUUUUUCGCAAACUUUGCUGACUGUAUUAAAAGAUGUGCCUAGUUCGCCUUUAGAAUUACUAAAAGACUCAGAAAAUGAUUCAGCAAGAAUGAGUCUUUUUCCAAAUUUGGAUUACAAGGGUUUAUAUAAUUCCCUUAUUCCUUUAAUAGAGACUGCACCCUUAAUACAAAAUGGAAUUAAUGCGUUUGGAUUAGCUGUUCUUCAGUGUUUGGGGUGUUUAUUACCCUUUUUAGAAACAGAAACUAUUGACUAUUUGCCUUAUUUAACAGCCUCAUGUAUAGCUGUAUUUCCAAGUACCUUGCAUCAAGAAAUUGUCAAUACGUUGUGUUUUUAUGUCCUUCCGUUUACCGUUACUCGCUACACGGAAAGGGAAUAUGAAAUAACGCAGUCGGUUUCCGCGGUUAUUAUGAUGAUAUUUAAUCAUUCCUCAAAUCCAGCACAUCAUUGUCAAUUAUUGGAAUGUUUAAUGACCCUAAAGCAAUCGAUAUUAAAGGAUCUCCUUUGCGUAAUAGCUUACGGUACAAGUACUGCGAGAUCUUCAGCAGCAAAACUUUUAUUUUAUUAUUGGCCUGCUUUUGAUCCCAAUCUCUUUGAUAGAAAGGGACUUAUUUGUAAACUAGGGGGCGAUCCUGCACCUUUUGUAUGCCAAAGAGACAUGUGUUCAAAUGCUGGGAAUGCUGAAGCAGCGAAAGUAUGUUAUGAUCAUUGUAUAGCAAUAACUUUUGCCAAUGAUGUACCACCUCCCCUUUAUUUGUGCAUUGAAUGCGCCAACGAAAUACAUAGGGAACACCCAAAUCAAGUUUUCCAUGAUAUUUUACACCCUGUUCAGCAAGUUUCUAUGGUUUGUGAAAAUAAAAAUUGCCGAUCAAAUGAUAAAUCUGCAGUGUCAGUGUGUUUCUCUAUCGAAUGUGCAAGUUAUAAUGGUUACAGGCCAAUUCGUUAUUGCCAACAAUGCCAUAAUAACAGGCAUAAUAACAGAAGGGGUGGUGAUCACAUAUUUCAUAAGAGUGUCCCCCCCACCUGGAGCCUCGAUGAAGAAAUGCACACAUACAUGAUAGAAGCAAUAAUAAGUUUGUUGAAAGAGUCAAAGCUUCAAACUUCGGAACCAAAAAGCCAAAGUGCAGGACCUGCUUCUACUAGUGAUAACAAGCCUUUAAGUCUUCCACCUCCUACUGAUAACAUAAGCUCAGAAGAAAGGCAACUUUUGGGCCGUUAUGGGGUUUGGCUCUUAGUGGGGAGAUGUACUCCUAACGAUAGCACAUCUGUUGAAGUAAUGGGACGACUACUAUCGAUGCUAUUUCAUUGGUUUCACAUGACUGCCUACUCUUUUGACGGACAAGAAAGUAUUUUGGAAAAACUUAAGGUUGAGAAUGUAUGUAGCUGGUUGAAGGAUCUUUGUAAAACACAUUACGAUCUUUUUGUUUCUUGCCUUUUACCGCAUCCUCCUGAUUAUGCUAGAAUUGGGGGCCAUUGGGACAGUUUAGCAUCUAGGACAACCCAUUUGAAAGAUGGUUUAAACCGUUUAUUUCAUUUAAUUCCUUAUGAAGUUAUUAAUCAAGAAGUUUGGGAUUUUGUCAUGCCUCAUUGGAUGGAAGCAAUCGUGAACGAUGUGCCCGAGAAGGAGCUGCAGGAAUUGAAAAUAAUACUAUCGAAAAUUCUGGACACAGAUAUGAGUCCGUUAGGUUUUAAUGCUGAUAAAAUGUACAACUUCGUUUCCCAAUGUUUUCUCAAAACUCCCGCUCCUGUUCAAAGAAAGGCACUGAAGUGGUUGCAAGUCCUUUCGAAUUUGGAAAUUAUUAUACCUUUGCAUUUAGUCUUUUCAAUAUUUCGCGAUGGAAUUCGUACAUUAAAGUCGAAUACGCACACAGAAUCAAACGACAAUAAACCGGUCGAAACGAUUGAGGCCAUAGCUAAACUUCCUGCCUGUAUAAUUCUUGAGCUAUAUUCACAAAUGAGCUCAUUUAAAUAAUUAGCUCCAGUUUUGCAAGAUUGCGACUCCGGAAAUACCUCGAUUAUGGACGAAGAAAACGCCCUUGCCCAUAAGGAUUCCAGUAGCAUACCAGAACAAAACCUUUUCUGCUGUAUUCUAAUGCUGGACAUUCUUCUAAAGCAAAUGGAACUUCAAGAUGUUGAUAAACACACCGGGAUCAACUCGUCGUUAUGCAAAGACGUUUGCAGAUUGCUAAAGUGUAUGAUAACAGCAACAUGGAUAAGUGGUCAUAAAUGCUCAUCAAAGCCCGCCGAAUGUACUUAUUGCGAAGCUAGCGUUAUGUGGCAUCAACUGUGUCUUAAAUUGAUUCAGUAUUUAUCACCAGAAAAGCCAGCACAUCCUCCAGAUCCACCUCUCGAAGAAUAUACUGACGAUUAUUAUAGUAAAAGUCCUCCUGAAAGUAGCAAAAAGGAAUCGAAAUCCGAUGUUAUUAUGACUGUUCCUGUCCCCGAAGCCCAUUCAAUUGGAGGAGUCUUAGUACACAUGCCCCAUGUGUGUUCUGUACGAAAAGUACCUCUUCAACAGAUAAUGACCGCGACUGUUGAGACAGUUUCAGAACAAUUAGACCUUACUGCUAUUAUUCCUGCGGAAAAGGUUGUCACAGCAAUGGCAAAAGCGAUCACAAUGUCCGAUACCGAAUAUAAUUCACAUUUGCGCCAUGAUAAACCAAGGAACGGAAGCGAUAAUUGUUUGACUAAUAAGGGGAUCGAUGACGGACCCGAAAAUAUUUUUGACUCUGAUGGAAAAUUAAAGUUUUCUAUUGAGGAAUUGCCCGAACAAUUUCAAUACGUUUACUACCUCUUUUCGGAAGUGCCAAAAGUUGUAAAAUCAGAAGUGCUUUACUAUAUGUUGCAGUGUUUGAAUAUAUUUUGUUUGCACGGCGAUGCAUGCACGAAAGCUUCUAAAGAACACAAAGCCUUUUUCAGAUACAUACAAAAUAAUUUACUCAUUAAAAAUUUAUGGAAUUUAUGUAACUCGGAACAUUCCCAUAUUGCUCAGGAAGCAGUUCCACUUUUGCUUCAUUGUAUCACAUUACCGUUCGGCGCGGAUGUUUUUUGGAAAAUAAUUCAGAGUGAUUUUCACAAUUCUGAUUGGAGAAUUCGAUUUACUGCAGUUGACAGAGUAACUAUGAUUGCCAGGUAUUUGGAUUUGGCUCCCUUAAGAAAUUUACCAGCCUUACAAGCCGCGUUGGCAAAUGCUUUUUGCUAUCUUAUAACCAGUAUGGACGAUUGUAGUGUAUAUGUGGCACAGAGGGCAACACUUUAUUUAGGAACAAUACAUGACACUGCCAUUAGGUCUCUUAUAAUAUGCCUAGAAACUCAGUUUGAUACAGUUAUAAUAGANCGUCUGCACCUUGUUUACAAUUUGCAUGUGAUUAUUUGGAGGCACUUGCCCCACAACUUGUUUCAGUACUUGGGUUUGUUGCUGGGGCUUUGGGAAGCCAUUUGUACCAUUUGCAGCAUCACCAGUUGUUACAAUUAUUNGUGUUUUUAUGUCCUUCCGUUUACCGUUACUCGCUACACGGAAAGGGAAUAUGAAAUAACGCAGUCGGUUUCCGCGGUUAUUAUGAUGAUAUUUAAUCAUUCCUCAAAUCCAGCACAUCAUUGUCAAUUAUUGGAAUGUUUAAUGACCCUAAAGCAAUCGAUAUUAAAGGAUCUCCUUUGCGUAAUAGCUUACGGUACAAGUACUGCGAGAUCUUCAGCAGCAAAACUUUUAUUUUAUUAUUGGCCUGCUUUUGAUCCCAAUCUCUUUGAUAGAAAGGGACUUAUUUGUAAACUAGGGGGCGAUCCUGCACCUUUUGUAUGCCAAAGAGACAUGUGUUCAAAUGCUGGGAAUGCUGAAGCAGCGAAAGUAUGUUAUGAUCAUUGUAUAGCAAUAACUUUUGCCAAUGAUGUACCACCUCCCCUUUAUUUGUGCAUUGAAUGCGCCAACGAAAUACAUAGGGAACACCCAAAUCAAGUUUUCCAUGAUAUUUUACACCCUGUUCAGCAAGUUUCUAUGGUUUGUGAAAAUAAAAAUUGCCGAUCAAAUGAUAAAUCUGCAGUGUCAGUGUGUUUCUCUAUCGAAUGUGCAAGUUAUAAUGGUUACAGGCCAAUUCGUUAUUGCCAACAAUGCCAUAAUAACAGGCAUAAUAACAGAAGGGGUGGUGAUCACAUAUUUCAUAAGAGUGUCCCCCCCACCUGGAGCCUCGAUGAAGAAAUGCACACAUACAUGAUAGAAGCAAUAAUAAGUUUGUUGAAAGAGUCAAAGCUUCAAACUUCGGAACCAAAAAGCCAAAGUGCAGGACCUGCUUCUACUAGUGAUAACAAGCCUUUAAGUCUUCCACCUCCUACUGAUAACAUAAGCUCAGAAGAAAGGCAACUUUUGGGCCGUUAUGGGGUUUGGCUCUUAGUGGGGAGAUGUACUCCUAACGAUAGCACAUCUGUUGAAGUAAUGGGACGACUACUAUCGAUGCUAUUUCAUUGGUUUCACAUGACUGCCUACUCUUUUGACGGACAAGAAAGUAUUUUGGAAAAACUUAAGGUUGAGAAUGUAUGUAGCUGGUUGAAGGAUCUUUGUAAAACACAUUACGAUCUUUUUGUUUCUUGCCUUUUACCGCAUCCUCCUGAUUAUGCUAGAAUUGGGGGCCAUUGGGACAGUUUAGCAUCUAGGACAACCCAUUUGAAAGAUGGUUUAAACCGUUUAUUUCAUUUAAUUCCUUAUGAAGUUAUUAAUCAAGAAGUUUGGGAUUUUGUCAUGCCUCAUUGGAUGGAAGCAAUCGUGAACGAUGUGCCCGAGAAGGAGCUGCAGGAAUUGAAAAUAAUACUAUCGAAAAUUCUGGACACAGAUAUGAGUCCGUUAGGUUUUAAUGCUGAUAAAAUGUACAACUUCGUUUCCCAAUGUUUUCUCAAAACUCCCGCUCCUGUUCAAAGAAAGGCACUGAAGUGGUUGCAAGUCCUUUCGAAUUUGGAAAUUAUUAUACCUUUGCAUUUAGUCUUUUCAAUAUUUCGCGAUGGAAUUCGUACAUUAAAGUCGAAUACGCACACAGAAUCAAACGACAAUAAACCGGUCGAAACGAUUGAGGCCAUAGCUAAACUUCCUGCCUGUAUAAUUCUUGAGCUAUAUUCACAAAUGAGCUCAUUUAAAUAAUUAGCUCCAGUUUUGCAAGAUUGCGACUCCGGAAAUACCUCGAUUAUGGACGAAGAAAACGCCCUUGCCCAUAAGGAUUCCAGUAGCAUACCAGAACAAAACCUUUUCUGCUGUAUUCUAAUGCUGGACAUUCUUCUAAAGCAAAUGGAACUUCAAGAUGUUGAUAAACACACCGGGAUCAACUCGUCGUUAUGCAAAGACGUUUGCAGAUUGCUAAAGUGUAUGAUAACAGCAACAUGGAUAAGUGGUCAUAAAUGCUCAUCAAAGCCCGCCGAAUGUACUUAUUGCGAAGCUAGCGUUAUGUGGCAUCAACUGUGUCUUAAAUUGAUUCAGUAUUUAUCACCAGAAAAGCCAGCACAUCCUCCAGAUCCACCUCUCGAAGAAUAUACUGACGAUUAUUAUAGUAAAAGUCCUCCUGAAAGUAGCAAAAAGGAAUCGAAAUCCGAUGUUAUUAUGACUGUUCCUGUCCCCGAAGCCCAUUCAAUUGGAGGAGUCUUAGUACACAUGCCCCAUGUGUGUUCUGUACGAAAAGUACCUCUUCAACAGAUAAUGACCGCGACUGUUGAGACAGUUUCAGAACAAUUAGACCUUACUGCUAUUAUUCCUGCGGAAAAGGUUGUCACAGCAAUGGCAAAAGCGAUCACAAUGUCCGAUACCGAAUAUAAUUCACAUUUGCGCCAUGAUAAACCAAGGAACGGAAGCGAUAAUUGUUUGACUAAUAAGGGGAUCGAUGACGGACCCGAAAAUAUUUUUGACUCUGAUGGAAAAUUAAAGUUUUCUAUUGAGGAAUUGCCCGAACAAUUUCAAUACGUUUACUACCUCUUUUCGGAAGUGCCAAAAGUUGUAAAAUCAGAAGUGCUUUACUAUAUGUUGCAGUGUUUGAAUAUAUUUUGUUUGCACGGCGAUGCAUGCACGAAAGCUUCUAAAGAACACAAAGCCUUUUUCAGAUACAUACAAAAUAAUUUACUCAUUAAAAAUUUAUGGAAUUUAUGUAACUCGGAACAUUCCCAUAUUGCUCAGGAAGCAGUUCCACUUUUGCUUCAUUGUAUCACAUUACCGUUCGGCGCGGAUGUUUUUUGGAAAAUAAUUCAGAGUGAUUUUCACAAUUCUGAUUGGAGAAUUCGAUUUACUGCAGUUGACAGAGUAACUAUGAUUGCCAGGUAUUUGGAUUUGGCUCCCUUAAGAAAUUUACCAGCCUUACAAGCCGCGUUGGCAAAUGCUUUUUGCUAUCUUAUAACCAGUAUGGACGAUUGUAGUGUAUAUGUGGCACAGAGGGCAACACUUUAUUUAGGAACAAUACAUGACACUGCCAUUAGGUCUCUUAUAAUAUGCCUAGAAACUCAGUUUGAUACAGUUAUAAUAGACAGACCAAUGAUUCUUCAAUCUCUUUACCAGCUUCAUAAUUCUUUGAGCGAAAGAAAGUUUUUGAGUUGGGAUUUUUUUUUGAAUCGUUUUGAUACGUUAUUUUUGGAAGCGCAAAUUAAUUUGGAAAAGUCCGGUGAUAUUUCAUAUUUAAGAGAUUUAAGAAACUCAGAUAUGAACAGUGACGUUUUCAUAAGAAAACUGCAUAGAGCUCAAGAAGCACUUUCGCAGCAAUCAGACAGUGCCACUAGCUCUGUUAAGACUUUAAGUGCCAGUUUUGGUACCAAAUGGCCCUAUAAAAGGACUAUGUCGGCACCCGCUUCUAUUAUAUCUAGACACGAGGCAAAAGAAACGAAAGAUAAAAUAUAUAGCAGACAGUUUUCUGCUCCAAUUUUAAAAAGGAAAAGUUCGAGAUUUGGAAUCGGUCAGUUUUUAGGCACUAGUAACAGCAUACCAGAUGGUCACAUGCAUUCUUUGAAUAUUGCCGAUGAUCAAAAUGUCAUCGGUUUUUUGCACAGAAUAAUUGAUUUGGAAGAAGCUGACAAAGAAACGAUGCAUUUGUUGGUUUUUUUGCUAAUGCAGUUCUUAUCAAGACCUGAUGAAGCGUAUCCAACUGAAAACAAAUACAUUUCUAAAUCGCAAGGAAUUGUGCUGCGACACCUUUAUCUUUUACUUGGUUACAGUCAAAAUGAUCGAGGAAUUUAUAUCUCUCCUCAACGUUUGAGAUCAUCUCCAGCAUUUUGUGCAUUUCUUUCCAAUUUACCCCAACUUUUGGAUCAGAAUCAUUUAAUUGGUCAUAUGCUUCUUCCAACAACUAUGAUACUACUACAAUAUUCCGCUUCCCCACAUUCUGUUCAAAACAGUGUGGAUCUUCAACAACCAGUUUACAGUUUAUGGGCUUUAGAACCUCAUUCCAGAAGGUGCUGGCUAAUGUCAGUAGUCGUUUUACUUUAUAAGUAUCAAUACAAUCAAUCCACCCAUUGUGGUCAACUUUCGUUUCUUAUAAAAAUUAUUCUGAAUACUCUUGAUGCGCAACAUCAUCAGUGUUGUAGACUACCAGCGACAAUUAUUAUGGGAGGUGCAAGUUCCCGUUCUAGAGAUGUCAGUCAACCAUCUUUGGGUACUGAAUAUGAACAUGGGGAUAAAUUCAUCACUCCUCCCUUGUCUCCAAUGUAUUCUCUAGAUGGGCAAUCGGUUCAAAUCGCAGCAGGAUUGAGAAAUACAAAAGUCCAAAAUAUUCACGCAAAAAUUGCAUCCGGAACUAGUAUGGAAACGCAUUGGGAAGAAUCAUCAAACGAUAAUAUUCGAUGCUUAAAAGUGGAGAAAGUAGAUGUUAAUGUGGAUAUGGACGAUUCUGAAUCUGAACUUCUCGCUAUUCCUGAAAGUGACACUUCAGAAAGCACUCUACAGGGAAGCAUACACAGUUCUCUGGAACUCGGAGAUGAUAACUAUUACAUUCAUGUCAAAGAAAAAAAGUGCCAUAUAGAAAAACAUCUUGAACCUGGCUAUAAAAAUGGAUCAAAUAAAAACAAAGCUUCUACUAUUGAAAAUCGUCCGACGUGGUAUAUAGGCGGCAGUCAAGAAUUUGUUAAGGCAAAUGGAAAUAAAAUAUACAAGACUAAUAAAAUAUCGAUUCAUAAUCAUUUGCCAGCAAAAACACAAAUGAAUAAGAACUCCAUCAAUUCGAACUCGGUGUUGUCCAGCACAACAUUAGCAGAUUUACAUAUUCAAAAUAAUAAUAUCGGUAGCACUAAUAAUAAUCAUCGUACAAUAACACCAGUUACUCCUGAAAUACUAAGAAAGAACGAGGAACUAAAAAUUUUAAGUUGUACAUCGUCGUCUGAAAGCGAAAAUUGCUUAAAAGAAGAUAAAACUAUUCCAAAUUUUGCUACUCCUACUUUGGAAAGGCUACUUCCCAUUGGGUCAAGAAUAGCAGACUCGAGAUCUCCUGAAUCUCCUCUUUCAAAAAUGGACAUUAUACCAAUAGAUUUACCUCAAGAAGUAGUUUGUUAUCCUACCCUAGAUUCACAAUUGGAGAUUCCAUCUCAGGAAAGGCUAUUACCUAUUGGUCAGCAUAGUAAAGAUAUCACACAUCUUGUUGAUAAAAUGAAGCAAGUUUUAAAAUUAAAUAAUCAAAUUCAAAGACCAUCAGUGGAAAGUAAAAAAGUGAUGAAAAAAAAUAACGGAAAGGAUGAAAUUCCUCGCAAUCAUAGCCCUAGAAGGCUCAUCAAACAGGUUGCUUUAGAAAGUCCUCCCGGUCAAGGCGAACUAUUUACAACCACCCUCAAUGUCACUUUAAAGAAAGAUACAUCAUUAAAUCAGAAACGCCCAAGAAAAAGUAGUCCGAUUUCCCCAAUAUCUUAUCAGUACAUGGAAAAUAGACAAUUUGGAUCUUGGGUAAUACCACAAGUUGCCCCUAAACCAGAAGGACAAGAUCUUAAACAAAGCUCAUUUCGAACUGGCGACGAUUGCGUUAGUGAGAGAUGUUCAGAAUGUGGUACAGCUCGUGAAGAGUAUAGUGAUGAAGAAUUAGGAUUAUGUAUAGUCGCUUUAGGCACUUUUAUUCAUAGGGAACCUGCUUCUGCAGCCCCAUUACUUCCAGAAAUAUUACACGCAGUGGCUAAGAUUGCGACGCAUACAUUAUAUCCUUGGCAAAAUGAAAGCAAUGUACACUUACCAGGAAGUGCAGUUAGUGUAGCUCAUCAGUUCUUAAGAUGUGUUUUACAUCAGUUAGCCCCAAAUGGAAUUUUUACACAGAUGUUUCAAACACGCAUUAGUGAGAAAAUAAGAACUCAGUUUUUUAAAAGUGUUGUUAAAGCAUUACUAGAUUUUAUGGAGUUAAACCCCGUAGCCCCAUUGCAUCUUUUACUCGAGUUUUUCCAUUAA